UCUCUUCUGUGAUCAUGGCUGCGCUCAAACACCAGCCAUGUUUGCUAAUUUGAAACCCAAAGGUUAGCGAAAACCUGUUUAUUAUUUACAUAGCCUGUACCGUCUUCAACCAUUUUUGUUCAAUCGGAGAAUCAAAGGCAUCGGUGCCUUUGAAAUUCAAGGAUUACAAGAUGGAGUCAAACAACCAUUUCAACUAUGGCAGCCACUCCUCCGUGUCUGCUAACUCAGGACUGAAACUCUCCUCAGGGGAUUCUCUCUAUACUAACGGGUCCUCUAUGAGUUUCCCUCCGCAGGGGAAGAAUAUGAAUGGCGAAAUGAAUGUGAAUGGCAUCACUACUGUAAUUGGGCCCAGUGUGCCUGGCUCCCACCUUCCAACAGCCUCAUAUCCCCACAUGAGCAACCACCACCAGAGUAGCAUGGGCUACGACUACCUGUGGGGAGGACAGCCACAUUACAGCCCAGCCAUGGGCUCGUCUCCUGGGCAUGGCAUGCACCAGAAACAGCCUCCACCUGGGGGGAUGCAGCAACAGAGCCAGCACCACUUCCAGGGUCACGGACAGUACCAACUGAACGGGGGCAUGCCUGGGUCCCAUCAGCCACCCGUGGCGGCCCCACCAAACGUGACUCUUACAGGGGGCCAGUACUGGAACAGGGGUAACCCGGGGCAACAGCAGAGCAGCGCAGCCAUGGCAAUGGGGUAUAACUCACACGGUGUGUACGGGGCCUACCAGAGCCAGGUACACCCUGGGAUUGCGCCCUCACAGCAUCACCAGCAGCAGCCUCCACAGCCAUCCGCUCACCAACAGACACAGCAGCACCUCCACCCGCACCACCACCCACACCACCACCAGCAACCUCAGCACUACAGCAUGGUGCCCAAUGGGAUGCCCUACUACCAGCCCCAGCACCCACCUCUUCCCGCUCCACAACCCCAGCCCCCGUCCCAAUCUCAGUCCCAGGCUCAGAUGAUGCCCCCUACCUCCCAGAAUUUCACCCCUCCACGGGGCAGCCCACAGCACCACCACAUGGGCCGGGGGGGCACUGGCAGCCCUCUCCCCAUGGGGGUGUCCUCUGUCCCAAUGAUGUCACCCUCGACGAUGGCGGAUAGUGGAUCGCCCCAGAGCCAGACCAGGGAGAGGAGUCCCCAUGGAGGUUCUGUGGGGAUGCCUGCUGUCACGCAAGGGCGGAUGAGUGAAGUGUUUAAGGAUGUGGAUAAAGGCUAUAAUGGGAUGGAGAGGGCGUCAGUCACCCAGCGGCUGCCUAAAAGUGACAGCUACCCUCCCAAGACCCCUGGACCUCCGAUGGGGCCCACCAGUGACUACUGCCAGCGCUCCUUGCAGCCAAUGGCCCAGCACCAUGAAAUGGCAAACUCAGCGAUAGAGUCUGCGCUGCCUGCGCCUCCACACUCGAUGUCGUCGCCUCCUCCGGCUGUGUCUGCGCCUCACCCUGUGGUUUCCACCCAUUCUAGGGUCUCUGCACCUCCUGCAGUGUCCACGCCUCCUAUGGGUACAUCAGGACCUCCUGUCGUUUCAUCCUUCUCUGUUACUUCUACGCCUCCCCGAAACGCAGCGCCUCCCAUGUCCUCUUCUCCAUCUCCCCCUGUGCUUGGACCUCCUCCAGGGCUAUCUUCGCCUCCUCUGAUGGUCCAAGGCAUAAGACCUUCUCCAGUGUCUUUGUCCACACCUCCAUCAGUGGCAUCUCCACCCUCGUCAGUGUCUGUACCUCUUCCCAAGCCACCUGCACCACCACUUCUACUGGACAAAUCCUCUAGACCUCCAGCUGUGUCUGCUCCCCACCCAGUCAGUGCUCCUCCCCCAGUGUCUGUGGCACAUCAGACUGCUCCCAUGACAUCUGCACCUCCUGCGAUGGUCUCUACUCCUACCAUGGUGUCUGCUCCCCCGCACUCCAUGUCUGCGCCUAUCUCUGCACUUCAGCAGAUGGUUCAAGGAUCCAGACCACCUCCUUUGACUUCCUCUCUCCCAGCUUUAUCUGGAGCUCCUCGAGAAAAGUUUUGGACUCCAUCAAGGUCUGCAGGUGCACCUCCCCCAACAGUUUCUGUCCCCCCCCCAGCGGUGUCUGCUCCCUCGGUGGCAGUCAGGCAAGCUUCCUUAGCAGUGCCCAGGCCUCCUUGGGCAGUCAGUGCACCUUCUAUAUCAGUGUCCUCACCUCCUCGAUCUGUGUCAAGAUCAGUGUCUGUGUCUGCAGUGUCCUCUUCUCCAAAGGAGGUAUCUAUGCCUCCUCUAACAGUCCAAGGACCUAAAGUUCAAGCCUCCAGAGUUCCUCCAAUGUCUGAGCCUCCUGCCUUGGUGUAUGUGCCUCCUGCAGUGAUGACUGCUCUUCAAAUGGUCCCCUCUAUGCCUCCUUCUGUCUCUGCGCCUUCCCUAUCUGUUCCUGCUCCUCCACAAGCCCCUAAACGGAUGGUUUCCCCUGAGCCAGAGGAGCGAUACAUGGGCAACAAGAAGGACCCCUUUGUAGAACCACCUGGAAAACCAGAGGAGAGUUCUUCACAGCCUAAAGUCGAGACAGUCAGAACAUCAUCAAAGAUGGAUGCCACCAAGUCUCUGACUCGUCAAUCUGAAAAACACUCACACAAACCCCUCACAGAUAUUCCUGGGACACCUCCGCCUCCUAAGGACCAAGAGAACUCCUCUGGGGACAAAAUGUGUGCAGAGAAAAAGGACACCGCUCCCCUGAGAGGCGCAUACACUCCCCUGGAGAGGAGAGGUCUGGAUGACACCAGUGAGACUGAGGAGUCUGCGGACGAGUUGUCGCAGGCGGUCUCCACGUGCCUCGACAACACCAGGAUGGAGAACUCCAGCCUCACUGAAGAGGAUGACGCCUGUAACGACUCGUCACUCAACGACACCUCUCAGUUUGGCGACACUUCUAGACUUCUAGGCGCUACCUCUCACAUGGAUGACAUGUCUCGUUUGGAUGACAGCUUCCGCGUAGAUGAUGAAACCUCUCGGUUUGAUGAUACCUCUCGCAUGGAUUAUGACUGCUCUCGAUUGGAUGUCAGCUCUCAAUUGGACGACAGCUCUCGCAUAGAUGGCGACAAAUCUCGAUUUGACGAUACCUCUUGUUUGGAUGACAGCUCUCGCAUGGAUGACACCUCUUGUGCGAAUGAAAUAUCACAUGUUGGUGACACUACAAUAGAUAGCAGCUUCUCUGUGUUGGACUCCAGGGACUUGACGCUGGAUGAUACCCAGACAGAGGACUCUUCCCAGGAAGAGGAGACCAUUGACAGCUGCCUGAGCACCAGGGUGUCCAUGCUGGAGUCCUCUCUGAACAACAGCUCUCAGAUGGAGGACUCCCGCGUUGAAUCGUCCCAGAAUGACGUCUCCCGGUCAAGCUCAAAUGGCCCUGCCAAACCACCCCCAGCCUACAAAGGGUCUGAAGGUGAAUGUGAGCCGGAGGGCCAGGAUAUACCAGACUCUGCUGGCUCCGCCAAGGCCAGUGCUGCUAGUAUCAUGGUUCCCCCUGUUAUCAUGGACAAAGACAAGCACACAGCGGCGCUCAGUGCCCUGGUGGGGAACCUGGUUGCAGCCCAACUCCUGCCCCGAGCCGCCCCAACCGUGCCCACCACCAGCCAAAAGACAUCAAGGAAACCCAGGAAGCCACGCACUCUAGCAGCCUCUACUCCCGUUCCCAAGGUCCCCGGGCAAGCACAGCGGAUGUCCGCUGUUAAAACUCCAAAGUUGGAUAAGAUAAAGGUGGAGAGGAAGAAGAAGCUUGAGAAAGGAGAGGUAGUAGAGAAAAAGGAAAAGGGACCACCAAGAAAGAGAAAGAAGAAGACAGAACCAGUAGCAGUCACAGUAGAGGUUGAACGUUCUGCUGACGGCCUACUUCCUGGUCAAAGUGGAUCAAUCACAACCAUCGGUGAACCAUGUCUGACCAGUGGCGAGACCCUGCCGGCCGUCAAACCCAAGAAGGUUAGGGUCAAGAAAGUCAAGAAUCUGGAACCGAUGCCACCCAAAAUAGCGAAAAUGGAUGUUGACACUAAACCCAAUGAUGAUGGCAAUAACGACAAUGACGGAGAUGACAGUUCCACUGCUGGUGACACCCCCAGGAGGAGGAUAGCAACAGAGGAGCAGGUUCACUUCCCUCUGCUCCAUGGCUGGAGGAGGGAAAUCCGAGUCAAGAAGACUGAGGACCGGCUGAAGGGGGAGACCUGGUACUACAGCCCCUGUGGGAGGAGGAUGAAGCAGUUUCCAGAAGUCAUCAAGUACCUGAACAGGCACAAGGACACCGCUGUGACAAGGGAACACUUCAGCUUCAGCCCCCGCAUGCCCGUAGGAGACUUCUACGAGGAGAGGGACUCCACUGAGGGAGUGAAAUGGUGCCUUCUGGCCAAUGAAGAGGUGCCCUCCAUGAUCAUGGCCAUCACGGGCCGACGCGGCCGACCUCCGAACCCUGACAAAGAGAAGCCCCGCCCCCGAGCUCGGCGCACCAAGGGCGGGCUAGUCCGAAAGCCCGGCAGGCCGCCCAAACCAAAGAUGGUAGACCUGCUCAGCAAGGUUGACGCCAGAAUGCUGGAGAGGCUGGAGGCCAAGGAAGCUCUGACUGAGGAGGACAAGGAGAAACUUGUCAAAAUCAAGAAGAAAAUGAAGAGAAAGGCAAGGAUGAAAAGAAAGGAGGAUAACAAGAAUAAGAAGAUCCGACAGGAGAAAAAGCAAGCGAAGCUUGACAAUGCCAAUGAGACCAAGGACCAGGAGGAGGUGAAGGCUGAACCAGCCGACCAAGAGCCCCCACAGCCUGCCCCCCCACAGCCGCCCGCCCCAGAGCCCAAAAAGCGUGGCCCUAGGAAGAAGAAAGCUGAGGUGCCUUUACCGGUUGUGGAGACGGACCAGGAGAGGGUGGCCCAGGGGAAGAGAGUGCUGGGGGCCAGGAGUAAGGCCAAGGCCCUGGCUAAGGCCCAGGCAGAGGCGGAGGCUGCAGCCCAGGCGGCCCUGGCAGCUAAGAAGCAGGUGGAGAGGAGGGCCCAAGCCCAGAGACGGCUGGAGGAGAGGAAGAGACAGCAGAUGAUCCUGGAGCAGCUGAAGAAGCCCACUGAGGACAUGUGUCUCACAGACCACCAGCCCCUUCCGGAGCUGUCUCGGAUCCCUGGCGUGGUUCUCUCUGGCAUGGCCUUCUCCCACUGCCUGGCUGUGGUGGAGUUCCUGCACAGCUAUGGCAAGGUUCUGGGCCUCCACAUCCCCAGGGACGUGCCUAGCCUCAGCACACUGCAGGAAGGCCUCCUGGGCCUGGGAGACAGCCAAAGCGAGGUCCAGGAUCUGCUCAUCAAGCUGGUGGAGGCCGCACUACACGACCCAGGCCUGCCACCGUACUACCAGUCGGUGAAGAUCCUAGGGGAGAAGCUGGUGGAUCUGGAGCUGACUCGCAGCACGGUGUCCGAGGGCCUGAGAAUCUUCCUGGAGUCCCACGGCUUUGACAUGGAGGUGUGCAACGUGCUGCGGACCAAGACCUUCCACGCCCUCAGCCCCGACACAAAGGCUGCUAUCCUGGGCUUCCUGGUGGAGGAGCUCAACGGUAGCAACAUCGUCAUCAGUGAGAUUGACAACACACUGGAAAACAUGGCUACUUACAGGAAGAACAAGUGGAUCAUCGAGGGGAAAUUGCGCAAACUGAAGGCAGCUCUAGCACGCCGUACGGGGCGGUCUGAGGAGGAGCUGUGUCUAGAGGAGAGGAGGCGCAGUGCCAGGGUGGCAGAGGAGGAGAACCUCAGUCUAGAGGAGAGCGGCCCCAUGGAGAGGGGUCGCCGCGCACCCAAGGAGGAGACCAAACUCGGCGACACUGACAGCCCCACCAACGCCAGCGUUCCAGAGUUGGAGAGGCAGAUCGAUAAGCUAACUAAGCGGCAGGUGUUUUUCCGUAAGAAGCUGCUCCAGUCGUCCCACUCCCUGCGUGCGGUGUCUCUGGGCCAGGACCGGUUCCGCCGGAGAUACUGGGUCCUGCCCCACCUGGGAGGGGUGCUGGUGGAGGGGCCUGAGGAGAUCCUAGCAUCAGAAGAUAUCCUGGUGAAGGAGGUGCCCAUCACUCUUCUGAAGAGGGAACCCAAAGUGGAGGAGACGCCCACUCCCACUGCCCCCCUCCCCUGCUCUCCCUCUCCCCCUCCCAAGUCCCAGACCUCCCCCCCACCCGAGGAGGACCCCCUCCCGGGCACCGCCUCUCUCAUGAGCAGCCCCAGGGCCCGGGGUCGCCCCCGCAAGAUCAAACCAGAGGUGGAGCUACACCUCCGCACUGCCAAGUGUCGCAGCCGUCGCCGUAGCAGCAAGUCUGGCAGGGAGGAGACUGGGCCAAGAGUUGCCCCGGAGACCACCACCAACGGAACACAAGACCUCACUCAGUCCGCUUUCCACAACUGGCUCAGCCAGUCGCAGGGUGCCAUAACUAAUGGGACGGAGCCAGCAACAAGGGCGGCACCUGAAGGCAGCCAACCAGAGGACAGUGUGAAGGAGAUGGCGGAGAAACAAGGGCAGUGGUUCAACUUGCUGCCCAAACAGCCCUGUGACAAAACCUCUCUGACAGAACCCCAGACCCCCCCCAGCACGCCCCCCAAACGCCUCCCUCUGACCCCCAGCACCCUGCCCGCCCUCGCUGCACCACUGCUGCAGUCUGUCCCAGCCCCCUCGGACUCCCCACCCCAGGUGACCCCUACCCAGACCCCCACCCCAGCCAAACCGGGGCGCAGGCGGAGGAGGGGCAGCAGGGGCAGCAGUCCCGCCCGUAGGGUUGGAGCUAGAGGGGCUGCAGCUAAGCGCCGUGGCCGCCCUCCUUCCACACUCUUCCAGGAGAUAGAGCAGCAGUACUUCACUCAGCUCGUGGUCAAGCCCAUUCCAGCAUUGAUGGUGCGUGGCUGGUGGUGGAUCAAGGAGCCAGAGGAGCUGACAGCCACCCUGCAGGCCCUGCACCCGCGAGGCAUCCGGGAGAAGGUGCUCCACAAACACCUGUCCAAACACAUGGACUACCUGGCUGAGGUCUGCACACGGCCCAUCAACGACCCUAUAUUCCAGGUGAAGGUGGAGGAGGGCGAGGCCCUGCUGGAGGCCCUGCAGCAGCCGUGGCAGGUCCAGGAGCGGGCCCUGGAGACAGACGUUAGCGCCCUCCGCUGGGUGGAGGACCUGGAGCAGAGGGUCAUCGCCUCGGACCUGCACCUCAAGAUGGCUCCCCAGAAUGGAAGGAGUGACACUGACAAUAGCACGGAAACGCCAGGCACAGGAUUCCAGCCCUACACGGUCCCAGAGGCGGACUCCACGCGUGACGACCUGCAGUACUACGAGCAUGACGCCGACCCCCGGGACGACUGGAUCGUGCGGACCAAGAAGGAGUGGUCGGACCUGCCCCGCGUGGCCAGCCACCCGCUGGACCUGGCAGUGCUUCGCCUGGCCAACCUGGAGAGGAACAUCGACCGGCGCUACCUGAAGGAGCCCCUCUGGAACCUGGCCGAGGUGGUGCGUCUCGCCCCCCUCACCCCCGAGGAGAGCCAGAUGGGCCAGAUGGACGUCAUGAGUCUGGAGAGUGAGAUCACCUCCAGGUUGCGGACAUGGCGUCAGGCCCUGGACCGCUGUCGGAGCGCCCCCCAGCUGUGUCUGUGUCUGCUGCAGCUGGAGAAGGCCAUCGCCUGGGAGAGAUCCGUGGUCAAAGUGACGUGUCAAGUGUGCAGGAAGGGGGAUAAUGAUGAGUACCUGCUGCUGUGUGACGGCUGUGACCGCGGCUGCCACAUGUAUUGCCUGAGGCCAAAGGUCACCCAGGUGCCAGAGGGGGACUGGUUCUGCCCCACCUGUGUCUCCAAGGUGAGUGACGGUGAGUCACCACGUAGCAGCCAGCGCUCCUCCAAGCAGAGGACCCGGGUGAAGAAGAGGAGGUACGAAGACGACAGUUCUGACGAGGAGACGGUGCCCAGCAGACGCGGCGUUGAUGGCAUGGCAAUGCGACAUAAGGACGGUGGCCCUGCCUCAUCCUCCUCCUCCCGUUACUCGGGAGACGGGGGAGGCACGACGGGCUUCUCGCCUGCCAAGCGCCGCCGCAUGACCACCCGCAACCAGCCUGACCUCACCUACUGCGAAAUCAUCCUUAUGGAGAUGGAGUCUCACGCUGACGCCUGGCCCUUCCUGGAGCCAGUCAACCCCCGCAUGGUGCCUGGCUACCGACGCAUCAUCAAGAACCCGAUGGACUUCCUCACCAUGAGGGAGAGGCUGCUACAGGGAGGGUACUGCAGCUGUGAGGAGUUUGCAGCGGACGCCCAUCUGGUGUUCAACAACUGCGAGCAGUUCAACGAGGACACGUCCGAGGUGGGCAUGGCCGGACACUCCAUGAAGCUCUUCUUCGAGAACCGCUGGGCCGAGUUCUACGAGAGCAAGGACAAAUAGGAGCCCAGGGCGCUUGUGCUGGGGGUGGGGCCAAGGACAGCGCCCUAACCCCAUUGGCUGACUCUCUCCAUUACUACUAAGACUGUCUGGGCUGGAGUCUCCUUCAGCUCUGUAUAGAGAUGUAUAGAUUUGGUUAUUUGUCUGUCGUUCUUGUUUUUCCUUUUUAAAACCUCUAACGUUAGUUACCCUGUUGGGUUGAAAUUCUCUGGAUGAGAGAGAGGGGGAUGUGUCUGAGCUACACCUUCUUCCUUCCCUCCCGCCCUCCCACUGCACCCUCACUUCUGCACCUGACCACCUGUUUGGAAUUCUGCUGUCGUUGCAUUCUCUCCUAAGCCACACUCCUCGUCUCAUAACAAGACCACGGUAUUGGUCCAUUCCUUACUCUGGGGGCGGGAGGAGGGUCUGAGGGCCUGAGUUGAUUGGUUCUCAAACUCUGCCCUCUGUCAUGGUCGCGGUCAGGAGGUCUGCCAGACCAAUGCGACCGCUUCGCUGCAGACCGGACAUGCACUGACCUCGUUUCGACCACAAAUGGAUCAAAACCCUAAGGUUCUCUCUCUGAACUCACUUAAACACUUUGGGAUUGGAUCCUCUCUUAACUGUUCAAUGGAAAUGUAAUGUGUGGUCUUAAGCCUAGAAGCAAUUUUUCUCAAUAUAUUUUUAUUAUAUAGUCUAUAUAUCUAUAUAUAUCUAUAUAUAUAUCU